AUGAUGGAGAUAUUAUUUGGAACAGUCAUAAUAAACAGCUGGGUAUUAUACAAUCACGGAAAACCAGUUCAAAUGCCAAAGAAGAAUUUUAUGGAAGCAAUUAUUGAAGCUUUGACUCAGGUGCCGAUAUUAACAGAAACAGCUAAUGAAUGUGCUGCUAUGCCAAAGACGAAUCAUACCUUCGAAAACAAAGGGAUAAAAAGAAGAAACUGUGCGGGUUGUUACAAUAAGCUUCGUGCAACGUUAAAUAGCAAAGAUGCUCAAAGAAAAACCAAAAAAAUUAAAUCGUAUUGCGCUGAGUGCAACAAGGGAUAUUGCGCUAAAUGUUUUUACGAAAUUCAUCUAUAA